CGAAUUCUCUCAUUUGAAACCCGAAGGUUCGUUCAGUUGAAAUGGCUCCAAGAGCAGAGAAGAAGCCAGCGGAGAAGGCGCCAGCCGAAAAGAAGCCUCGAGCGGAGAAGAAGCUCCCGAAAGACGCAUCAUCUGAAAAGAAGAAGAAGAAGAUGAAGAAGAGCGUGGAGACCUACAAGCUUUACCUCUUCAAGGUCUUGAAGCAGGUACAUCCCGAUAUCGGAAUUUCUAGCAAGGCCAUGGGAAUUAUGAACAGUUUUAUCAACGACAUUUUCGAGAAGUUGGCUCAGGAGUCGUCGCGAUUGGCUAGGUAUAACAAGAAGCCGACGAUCACCUCAAGGGAGAUCCAAACGGCCGUGCGGCUGGUGCUUCCAGGUGAGCUUGCGAAGCACGCCGUAUCCGAGGGAACGAAGGCGGUAACCAAAUUCACCAGCUCUUAGAACUUUCUAUCUCGAUUUUAGGGUUUAGUGUUUGACGAUAUAGACGGCCUUGUAAUUUUUGGUCUGGUUUAAUUUACUAUGAAACUGAAGAGUUUGAAGUUGAUAUGAAUUACUUAGUUAGAUGCACUGUUCUUCGCACUCUUGUAUAGGAGUGAUCGGGAAGUCUAGAUUUGUUCGGACAUCAUCAGUGAUAAUCUGCGGGUGUUUGAAUUGAACACGACCUUUUGGAAGAAAAAUUUAUUCGGAAAGUUACACAUUACUGGAUUUUUUUAAA